AUGGGCGCCUCGAUUCGCGAGCUGAUGAAAAAGGAGAGGGAGAGGAGGGAGAAGGAGCGCGUGCAAAAAUCACUCGAAGCAGCGCGCAACUCUCAGCCGGCGCCUUUGUCUUCUCCGUCGUCUGCAACGUGCCCCGUGAAGUGCGAGAAGGCGACGACGGAAGUUGAGGAGGAGGCCGCUAGCGUGCUCGCUGCGUCGCCUGCGCGCCCCUCGGCGCGCAAAGAGGAGACCGCGGAGACAGGUGUCUCUGCGCCCGAGGCGUCCGCAGAGGGGGGCUUCAGCCUGCUCGGAGACGCGUACGAUGAGGACAGCGCAGAGGCGGGACAGGUCACUGGCGAGCAGCAGCAUGGAGUUGCAGAGAGUCGCAGCGCUUCACCGCCGAGCGACGAGCCGCGAGACCGAGCAGGCGAUGCGACGGGCGCGGAUCUGCCGGCGGAUUUUUUUGACACCGAGGUCCCACAGGGCGAGGGCGAAGGCGCGGGCGCGGAGAUCGAAGAGACACAGAGAGAGGAGCCGCCUAGCGACGGCGACGCGCCAGCGGAGCCUGAAGAGACGCUCGCGCGCAGAGGCCUCCGGGGAAGGGGCGGGCCGCGCGCGGCUCCGCGCCUCGAGGACUUUUUGAAAGAAGCAGACGAAGGCGGCGAGGAAGGAGCUGUGGAGGUGGCCUUUGAAAUCGAAGAGCCCAGUGCGGAUCUUCUUUUGCCGCUGAAGAAGGCGCUUUCAAAGUUGGCGUCGCAGGGGGGCGGGUCCGACGACGCGACUUCACUCGAGGCGACCGACGCGCCGCCGCCAGGCGGCCUGCGAGAGCGAAGCGAGGACGCGACAGACGCCGUGGAGGGCGAGAGAGACGAGCGGGGCGCCGCCGGCGCCGCCGCCCAGAGAAAGCGCAACCUCACGCAGGCGUCCGCUGGCGAGCCCGACGCAAAGCGUGAGCGGCGCGCAGACCGCGACGUCGCGGCGGAGCCUGAGGAGCCCGGAGCCGGCCGCGAAGGCGACAAGGCAGGCGACAAGGCAGGCGACACGGCAGGCGACGAGGACGGAAGUCUGCCCUUUUCCAUCAGUGCCGCGCUGCUCGCGUCCACGGCAGUGGAUGAGAUGAAGUGGUAUCACCCUUACGCCACCGUCUUGCACAGCGAGAUUCUCCACGAAGAAGCGGAGCUGGAGGACCUCCGGCACCGAGUCGAGGCUGCGACGCGCCGCCGCGAGGCCGCGCGCCAGGCGGCGAGCUCGGCGCUGCCUGCGGGUCCCAAGGCGAGCAAAGCCACGAAGGAGGCGAAGGGCAGCAGGAACGGGGCUGACGACGAGCUUGAGCGCACCGCAGAGUUCCUCCGCGCGCUCGAGACCCAGGUCGCGGCUGAGCGAGGCCGCGGAGACGGCGCCGCGGACACGCAGCGGGGCGCAGACCCUUCUGGGGGCGUCGAAGGAGGCGCUGAGCCCGACGAGCCUGCGGGCGAAGACCAGCUGCCCUACGGCUUCUUCGACGAUGAAGAACGCGACGCAGAAGUGCGCGGACUCGUCGGAUUUAAGAAACUCAAAGAGCUCCUGGCGCGCGUCGCCGAGAAGCGCAGGGAAGUCGCCGACGACCUGCGGCAGAAGAAAGAGACGACUCUUCAGCAGCGUCAAGACAUCCAGCGCUUCCUCGCCGAACUCGAAGAAGAGGAACAGAAGGCCGCAGCGUACCGUGAGCGCGUGCUCAAGCUGAAGGCGCGGAGACCAGCAGGGAGCGCCGCGGAGACCGCGCGCGACGAGCGAGUCGCCAAGUUGAAGAGCGAGCCGGCCGGAACGAAACUCGAUGAAAACAGAGGCGAAAGCGACGCAGCUGAUCGCGUGAAGACGUCAAACUUGAAGGAGGAAAGGAGCGUGAAGCCCGAGCUGGCUGAGGAAGAAAAAGACGAAGCGGAGGACGAAGAAGAGGAGGACGAAGAGGACGAUUUCGCGUGGCGUGCAAAGUCCUUGAUGAUGACGUAG